UAUUUUUCUGCUUUCCUUUUUAUGUAUAUUUAUAAUUUGUUAUUAUUUAUUUUUUGACUUCUGUAUCAAUGAUCUUGACUUGCCAACAUUUCUCUGAUUUAUUUUUGGCUUACUUUUUGGUGUUUAUUAAUGUGUUUAUGAAUGUCUUGGGAUUUCUGUUUAUAACUGUUUGUGCCUUGAAAUUUUGGAAAUAUGUAUAAUAACAAUAGAAGAGUGCUAGGAAGCCAGCAGGUUUUGUGAUUUAUAGUCAUCAAUUAGUUCUCAUUAGUGUUUUUAAUGGUGCGAGGUUAUAUCUAAUAGUGUAGAAUUACUCACAUUUCUUUUGCUGAUUAAGUGUUGGCCAGAUUUUAAUAAAAAUGUUAGUCCUUACACUUUCUCAUAACGAAAAAUCAAUUUCAUGAAAACAAAGCUGUAUUAUUCAAUGAGCUUGUAAAUUCAAGGUUUUGCCUUGAAGUUUGACUUGGUGUGGGUGUAAGCUUUAUGAAUCCAUAUAUAGCUUUUAGAUGAUCUCCUCUUUUGUUAUGGUUCAGAAAAUAUAAUUGAAUCUUAUUGUAUUUGAUUCCUGCACUGGUUUCUUUAUAAAUGAUGAUAAUUGGGGACAUUUUCUUACUUCAUGGAGUGAUUUUAUCCAUUGAAUUUGAAAAAGUAAGAAAUAGAAAAAGAGAAGAAUCAAAGGUAGAUGAAUAAUAUGGAGAAAGAAAAGGAUUUCUUCAUAUGGAUUAAAUAAGAAUUUCUUUGAUGAUGAUUCAGUGAUGUUAGGCAGAAUUGCUAUUUUGUACAUUGAUGGUCUUCUCUGUUCUUAGUAGCACAGGAAGAACAAUGGCAGACAAGAUCACAGCUGAAAAGCUUUUUAACACUCUUGUGGAAACAAUGGCAGCAGAAAAGCCAAAAUCUGUAUCCUUCUUUGAGGAAGAGAAAUCGAGCUCUGUGAGCUCCCAGUUCAAUAGACUCUUUGGACGCCAGAAACCGUUGCACAAUCUUUUAGGUGGCGGAAAAUCUGCCGAUGUCUUGUUAUGGAGGAACAAGAAGAUUUCCGCAAGUGUUUUAACUGCUGCAACAGCUAUAUGGGUGCUUUUCGAAUGGCUUAACUAUCACUUCUUAACUCUUUUAUGUUUUGCUUUGGUUCUUGGAAUGCUUGCACAGUUUCUUUGGACAAAUGCUUCUGGUUUGAUGAGCAGGAAGCCGGCUAAAGUUCCUCGUUUUGUUCUCCCGGAAGAUGUCUUCGUGAAUAUUGCAACUGCCAUUGGUGUUGAGGUUAACCGUGGUUUGAGGGUUCUUCAAGAUGUUGCAUGUGGAGGAAACCUAAAGCAGUUUCUUCUGGUUGUAUUCAGCUUGUGGGCUGGUGCUGUGAUUGGAAGCUGGUGCAACUUUUUGACUGUCAUCUAUAUCGGUUUUGUUGCUGCACAUACACUCCCAGUUCUGUAUGAAAGAUAUGAAGAUCAAGUUGACAACUUUGUGUAUAAGGUCCUUGGUGAGAUGAGAAAUCACUAUAGUAAGCUUGAUGCUGGUUUACUUAGCAAGAUCCCAAAGGGAAAGCUCAAAGGAAAGAAGUUUGAAUGAUUACAUUCAUUCUUAUUCUUAUAUGUAAAAUGGUUUGGACCAAAAAAAUUUAUGCUUUAAGCUUUAGGCAGCGAUUGAUCUUCUUCCUGUGUAAAUUCAAGUACAUAAAAAAAAGAAGAUAAGUCUCUGAUCUCUUAACUGUUUCCCAUGGAAUAUAUUUGGUAACAAUUUAUUAUUUUCCCAAAUUUAA